AUGAAUAACAAUGGAAUUUGGCUAAACAGAGUUGUGUUCCCCAAGAUCAAAGAUAAAGAAAUAAGCAUUAAAUUUGUUUACAUUAAAUGUUGCUAAUAGAAUACAUACAUGAUUGAUAUCAAUCAAAAUUUAUGGGGUUUUGGAGAAUCAUUAUAUGGACAAUUAGCGGAAAGGGUUUCAUCUAUUAAAACGCCAAUCAAUUUAUCAAAAUUAAUGAAUGUUUAGUUUUUAAAAAUAGGUGGAGGCAUUGAUUUUGUUAUUGCUUAUACGACUACAAAGUAGUUAUAUAUUUGGGGAAAUAUUCCAGGUUUGAAAUUUACUUAAUUAUUGAAAACAGAGAAGAUUUCAUAUUCAAAGGACUUCUAAGGAAAAUCUUUCGAGAUCAAAGGAUUAAAUAUAACAAGAUAUUUCAAUUAACAAGUAAUUAUUGAUGAAAAAAGCAACCCUCCAUCUUUGCAUUCGACAAGAAGGAAUUCUAAACUAAAUGUUAAAUACAUUGUUGAUAUCCAAGAUUAUUCCACAUAUAACAACGCUCUUUAUAUUCUUACAAAAAAUCUAGUGCUGCAUUCAUUUGGAAAAUAAUUAGAAACCUAAAUUCAAUUCUGUGGAAUAUCAUGUGGUCCAUUUCACACUUUAGCUUGGGAAGAAAAUGGAAAUGUGUGGAGUUGGGGUGAAUUUUAAGAUGGAAAGCUUGGAUACAUGAGAUUCGAUGUAUCUGAGUAGAAAGAACCUAAAUUAAUCAUUGAUUUUAAAGCAAAGGCAAUUUAAUGUGUUUGUGGAGCCAAUUACAGCAUAGCACUUGAUGUUAAAGGUGAUGUAUAUACUUGGGGCAAAGGCCCUUUUAAGAUGGAUCUAUCAAAGGCUACUAUGCCAAGUAAAAUAAUAAAGAAAAAAAGUCCAUUUAUUAAAGUGGCUGCAGGUCUUGAUCAUUUUGGAGCUUUAAAUAGUUCUGGUCAACUUUAUGUUUGGGGAAGCAAUAAAAAGGACAGUAUUUUCAAUUUCCCUGAAGAAGUUUACCCUCCUGUUCCAUUAGAAAUCUAAUUAAAAAUUAUUGAUUUCGACAUGGGCCCUUACAACACUGGAUUAAUUAUAUAAGGAGAAAAUAGGGUUAAUUUGCCAUUAUUGAAUUUUGAACAUUUCAAAACUGAAUAGUAUAAAGUGAUUUCAGAAGAGGCUUCACUCAUUCAAACCUAUGUGAAUAAGAAGAAUGCUAUAGAGUAUGAGAAGAAAAAAAGCGAAGCCACAUCACCAAUUAUUCAAAGGUAGGAACCAUUAGAUUUAAAUAAAUUAAUUCGUAAAAAUAAAUCCCUUAAGGGGAGUUCAUCAUCGAUAUUUCAUAGUUCAACAUCUAUAAAUUAAAAAUUAAACAGUUAAAUUAAAUUUCCUAUUUUAUUUGAUGGUGUACAUGCGGAAAUGUAAAAAAUGGAAUAAGAAAGCCAAUUGUAUAUACCAAUUCAAUAUUCAAAUACUGAUAGAGUGGCUAAGAAUCCAUCGCAAGAAUUUAUUGAGUUAGAUUGUGUAAUAUAAACUGAUAACGAUUAAUUGAAAUACGAAUAUAUACAAUUGGCAAAGGAGAAAGACGAGGAAGGGCUUUUGUUAUCGAUAUUGAAUUAAGCUGAGGAGAAGAAAUAAGAUUUGCAUUUGAAAAUGCCAGAGAGGGUGCAAAUUAAUUAAUUUAGAAACAAAUUCAAAAUUACGAAACCUGUUUAUCACGAUAAAUAUGAUCAAUUUGAUAGAAGCAUUAUUUAAGCUACAAAAGAAUAGAUAUAGUUACUUCAUUAGGAAAGAGCCUAGAAAGUCUUAUAGAAAAAAAGAUAAAGGGAGUAAGAAUUUGAAAGGAUAAGUUAGAUCAGUUUACAAUCAAUCAAGCCAAUUUUAAAUAAAGAAUAAAUAUUGGAAUCCAUAAAAACAAAAGCAUAGGAAAAUCAAUAAAAAGCAAAACUAGUAACUCUUAAAAAAGAAGAAAUUCAAGUAGAAAGAGCCAAUUAUUUUACCUAAGUUGUUUAUGAAAAGUCAUAAGAAUUUAAAUAGAAACAAAAAUAGUUGUAACUAGAAAAGCAAUAUAGAUAAAAUUUAUUCAAAGAAUUAUUAACUUUUCUGAAUAUUUAAAAUAUUGGAUAAAUAUUUUUGUAAACUAGUCGCAAUGUUAUAGAUCAUAGGAGGAGUGAAUUGUUACAAAAUAUUUCCGCUAAGAAAAUAUAACAUUACUUUAGAAAAAAGUACAUUCUUGUUAAAAUUAUGAAUUAAUUAAAUGCAACUGCCAGAAAGAUUCUUACGGCUUUCAUUGUCAGAUAUAAAAUUAAACUCAGAAUAAAAAGAAAAUAAUAAAGAAUUAGAAAACUUCAUAUAUUUCAGCUUAGACAUUAAGUUAGACUUAAGGUGAUCAUAGGACUUGCAAGUGUAAAAAAGGCUGCAAUAGUUACAUAGCAAUUUUGUGCUUGGUUUAAUAACAGUAUUUCAAUUCAAUUGAGUGUUCUUAAUUAUUAUUGGGAUGAGCAUUUACUAAAAUAGUUUAAAUGUGUCAACCUAAAUUAAGAUAAGGAGGAAUUAAAAGCUUGCCAAUCAAACUUUACUAAAUAUAUUUAAGAUGAGUUUUCAUAUUUAACUAAUCAAUUGCUAAAUCAGGAUUAAAUUUCAAAAUUAUUAAAAUUCCCAAAACACAUUCUACUUCAUGGUCGUAUGCUGCGAGAUUAUGUUAGUAAAUAAAUUGCAAUAAAGUAAGAAAAUGAAAGAAAAUAAAAAAAAUAAUUUAAACAAUCAAACUAGGUUUUACUACCUUAUACUAGAUAUAUUGAAAAAAUAUAAUUGCCUAAUUAAUACAGGAUUAAGUUAAACUUCUCAUAAAUUUAAUAGCUCAAUCUAAUGGAAGAAUUAACUUUGUUGGAAUGCAAAUUGAAAAAAGAUGUUCUAUUUUCGCAUUUAUUAAAAGAGAGAAGAAAGUAUGUUUUACAAAUGUAAAAGUUCUUUUCUGAUUUAUUAGAAUUUAAAGAGAAGAAUAAGGCUCUCAUUGGAUCUGCAAGAAUCAAGACAUUUUCUAAAUUGACACCUUAGGAAAUUUAAUUUUUGAAAGAACUAGACUAAAUCGAAAAACAAAUAUAUCUAUAAAGAUAAUUAAAUGCAAGAUAAAAAUGUAAAUUGACAUCUAACAUAGAAAAAACUUCAAAAUUUGUUCUAAAAUAUAAACAAGGUUAGAUUCAACAAAUUAAUUAACUUAAUGAAGAUUAAUAUCCUUAUCCAGGAUUAACAUUUAAAGUAGUUGAACAAUUGAUGAGAUCAUCAAGACCAAUCUUUGACAUUAAUUUAGAUGUGGAAUAAUGGAAUGAUUUAUUUUAGGAGUAUUUCAAUGAAUUUAGAGCAAGAUCAGAAAAAAUCAUUAGUUCAGCCAUAAGAAUAACUACUCUGAAAAUUAAAUAGGAAAGUCCUCAUAAAAAGAGAUCAUAAAUUACUUGA